AUGAGGAUCGCAAAAAGCUUGAUUGUAAGAGUGUGCGUUUGUCUAUUGGUAAGUUAACAUUUUUGUUCUUUUCACUAAGGUAAAGUUAAGAGUGAGAGAUACCUGUCAUUUAACAGCCUUACAAAAUGUAUUUAAGGCACGACAUUCACAAAAUAAAACGAUACUCUCGGCUCCUGCAAAAAACACUUCCAGUCAUGAUUUCUCUAUACAAAAUGCAACAAAAUUUAUGCCAAACGUCUACAUCGCAGUGUUUGAAAUUGUUCGACAUUUUUCCUGGAAAUACUUAGUUUAUCUACAGAUUUCUUUCAGUCCUAAUUUACCUAUAGAUAUUUUGAUAAAUAACUGGAAAUUUCAAUAUAACAGAACGUUCAAAUAACGUUAGUUCCAUUAUUACGAAAAUCAUUGUUUGACUGCAUGGAUAUGGAAGAAAUUAAUCAGUUGUGAAAAGUGUUUAAAAUCAUUCAGAAGCCAAAGAGUUUUCAUCCAAUGCGCUGAACUUUUUUAUAUCGUUUCUCAAAACGAUUUUGAGUCCGCGUCUUCCAUUACCUUAAUCAGUCUUUGAAAGCUUCAUGCAUCAUUUAAUACAUCCAGUUUUAAGUAAAAAGUUAACUAACUCUUGUGGCUGCCAAACCUCAACUAUCUAGCCACAGAGUAAAAUUAUUGAGACAGAGCCUCGUCAUUUACACGUCCUGUUUAUUUUGUGCAGUUUUUCGUAAUCUGUAAUUUUGGAAACCGACCUUAAAAGAUACAUUAAAAAUAAUUUCCUUCGCAAUAAAUGCGAAGUUUAGGAAGCUUUUCGUUUCAUUUUCUCUUGAUAAAAAUUGCAUAACAAAGCAGCAGGCAAAAAAUUCUAUAGACAAUGACGGAUCAUCGCAGCAAAUUGAUGGGGGUUUUGUGAUGGGAAUCUAAAAACUUGCAUCGUAAAUAGCCACAAUUUCAAGCUUCAUGUUUUACUUAAUCCAAACGGCUCUGGGAAUUUAAAAAACUCCUAUUGCUCCUUUUCAUCUACAAUUCGCUUAAUACAAACUUACGAAACAGAAUUGCAGCUGCUGUGUUAUUUUCUGAUGACAGAAGCUUCAUUUUCUAUUGACUAUUCAUCAAGAGAUGUUUGUGGUUACAAACUAUAGUUCAUGUAAAAUAUUCUAAUGUAUUCAUCAUAUCUUCACGGGAUAGUAAUUUCUUCCAUUCUUAUUCUGUCUCCAUUUCAUUUUAUUUGUUUUUUUUCACAGACAAUGCAGUGGACAACGACCAUUGAAGGUAAAACUUAAUUGUUGGGCGAUAAAAACUGCUUUUCGAUCCAGUGAUAAAUAGAUGGAAUAUGCAGGCGUAGUUAACUGUGACCAAUAUUUUAACUCUAAUUUGGACGGUCUAAAGACUCUAUAAUGCAGAAAAGCAAAUACUUAUUCAUGAUAAAAAGCGCAGAGGAAAAUAGGAAAAAAAAUUUAUAGAGCGCAAAAUCAAGACUAAAAACGAUGAAUAUAAGAUUCAUUAAUAUAAUCUUAUAAAAUUGUUUCCUCUCAGAAUCGAUAUAACAUUGAUACAGAACUUAAACUUUUAUUUAUUACUACUUAUACUAUCAGAGUCUCGUUUCUCAUGGCUCUAUUAAGCCUUUUAAAUAGGAAAUAUUUACACCUUCAAUUGAAAAGACAAUAAGAGAACUGGCUCCAAAUUUUUCGAAUUAAAAAUUGAAGAGUCUAUUGAUUAUAGAAGAAAAUAAAGAAUCUUAAGCGACUUGAAAAUAAUAAUAAUGUGCAAGUCAUCCCUCCAUAAAUAAUGAAUUACAAACAGGCUGGUUUUUGAAUUGUUCUAAGAAGAGCGAAUAAAUAUCCUCAAGGAGACGUAAUUUUUAAGUAAGCCGCGUGAAUAGUUUGCGCGCUCAGGUUUUAAUUUGACUUCUUCGUCAAGCACUUCAAAACGAGUUCGCAAGAAUACCCAAGGAGAGCGCAGGGAUGGAAACUUCGAUGUAACGAAUGAAAGUUUUUCUUAAUGAGCGCUAUUCAUGUUUAAAUUUGGCUUCAUUCACCACUUUUCCGUUUGAAAAUACCUGAUAACUUUGUCUGUAGGUCGCUUUACUUCUGAGUAAUGUUUCUUCAUGAAAGAGAAAUCGUUAUUCAAACAGCUGGGUAAAAAGAGCGACUGCAGACACCGUAAUGGUCUUUUCUUUCUAGGCUUUUGGUGAUAAAUGCCUCAACUGUCUGGUCUUGUUAAAUGUUCCGUAAAGGGUCGAACCGUUAUUUCAGAGUAAUAUAAAGAGAUUCGGUAAAGAGCCGGGUAAUGCAGUUUUGAAGUUUCGUUUUCCCUUUAAUCGUGCAAGCAAUGGAGCUUUGCGCAGCGUUACAGUAGAGAGAGUUUUUAAGUGUGCAUCAUGAUGGCAAAGUUUACUAAAUAGAAAUUAAAUGCCGCACAGCGCCUAUUCUUUUUUAAACAUAUUAUUGUGAGGUGACCACUCUCAUAAGUGAGGUAGCCUCUUUCAUAAGUGACGUGACCUCUCUCAUAAGUGAGGUGGUCUCUCUCAUAAGUGACGUGACCUCUCUCAUAAGUGAGGUGGCCUCUCCCUUAAGCGAGAUGACUUCUCUCAUACGUUAGGUGGCCUCUCCCAUAAGUGAGGUGACCUCUCUCAUAGCGAGGUGGCUUCUCCCAUAAGCCCGGUGGCUUUCUGGGUCUUCUCGCCUUCUAUAACUUAUAAUUCUGCAGAUAGAUUAUUUUUGUAUUGUUAAAAAGGUAAAUAAAAUGAUCGUGAUAGAGGGAAUUUCAUAGGAGUCGUGAAGUGAAGUGAGGUGUCAUGGUGUCUAGAAGAGGUGUGUAGAUCGGCUGAAGGUCUCAAUGUUUUGCUACAUUACUGCCAUAAAAUCGCUUAUUGCUGCACAUGGUAACUUUAGCUAUUUCCAUUUUCUAGCUUCCUUUAACAUAACGUCAGACAUCCUCAGAACAGGUCAGACUCUAAAUGUAACCGUAUGGGAUUCUUGUAAUGGUGAUUACGAAAUUUCAUUUGGAGAUGGCGCAAAAACAGAUGUGUCCAGUCCCCAAAAGAUUGCAUCGUACCAAUAUGCCAGCGCUGGAAUCUAUACCAUCCAAGUAAAAGGGACUAGCCAUCAGUCAGCACCGUGCCAGUCAUCUACAAAGUCUGUGACCGUCAGGGAUCCAAUAAAAAACAUGGUACGAAAUUCAUUCUUCAGUGUUAAAAGGACAUGUAUAUUACGGCGCUGAUAAUGAGGGAAUGAUGCUGUGCACCCUGAAAAACUUGAAGCUUUAUAAGAAUUAUAUUUCGGUCAGAGGGCGGGGGGUGGAAUAAGUCUAUAGUGCGACGCCAAGAUGUGUAUUCGGCCGGAACCUUUCCCGCGCGAUCACAUUAACCUGUUCGUGAUGGCAUCUACUUAUGGAAGCGUCGAUUGUAUAUUUUUUGUUUACCCUUUAGACCGCAAAAGUCAGCAGUACCCUCUGCAAAAUUGGACAAAAGCUGAAUAUCAGCGUAGAAGUCAUCCCAGACACCCCGGUCACUGUUUACUGGCGCUGGAACAAAACCGAAAACUGGACAUCGGGGCCCUUAGAGUGUAAAGAACUGGGAUGGCAUGAUAUGCAUGUGAUGGUCGAAAAUGUUGUCAGUGUAGUAUCCAGCGAGUGUUACAACGAGAUAUUAGGUAAAAUCAAAAUAUUAUUAAUACCUACUUUCUAUUUCAUACUGGUCAUGAACGAAUUGGAAUUUUGCGUACCUCAGCUAACUUUGCGCUGUGCAGAAUUCAUUAGAAGAAAAUGGAAUGUGAUGACAUAUACUGAUGUCAUCAGUAUAAUCGUCUUCUUAACCCAGUAUCAUAUCGUGGUAUCAUGUAAGCAUUGAGAGAGAUUUCAAUGAUUUUAUUCUUGUUAUGGAUGGCAGCUAUCAAGAGAUUAUAGAUUUAAUCUUCUCCUGCAGCUAUCACUGACGCAUUGGUAAGGUAUUGGCAUGAAGUUGUAUAGUAUGAUCUUGCUUUCAGACGCAUGGGUUUAUAUUGUUUGUUUGUUUGUCUGUUUGUUUACUUACAUUUUUCCAUUUUCAUUACUUUUCAGUUGUUGAUUUUAAUUUUACCUUCAAUCCUGAGAUUGGGGCUCUGAAUAGUACCGUGGAGAUCACGAGAUCGGAUGUGGCACAGAUUUCGGAUGAAACAAACUACACGUAAGCCGCUAUUAAAAAUCUUUUACCAUCAUUCACGCUUGAACCUGCUCCCACAAUAAAUUGGCUUUAUUAGUCUAGUUUACUCAAAACAUGGAAUGAGAUAUGCUACCUACAAACUUCUCUUAAUCUCAAGAUUUCUACAGUCUUUGAUUUCAUUUUAGUUGUAUCUGUUGAUGAGUUAUUAGGUUUAAGAACGAACAGAACAGACUCUUCCUCAGUAACAAAUGAAUAGAGUUUGUGCUCUAUUUUAGCCAGAAAUGAGAAUUUAUUUAAUUCUCUUUUUUGGUACUUUAUGAUCUUAAACACCCAUUGAUUUGAGGGCCUUUUCACUGAAAUCCUAAAUGCUAUAAAGGUUGCUGAAACCAAUAUUCCUAAACCCGUUAGACUUGAAAGUUUCAUCAAACUUGAAAUUAGAAGAAUCUUCACGUGUCCUUCAAUAUAAACCCAUCUCCCAGAUCCCACUCUAAGGAGAAAGGCUCAGGGUAGAUCAACAGCAUUCUAACUUUUUAGGUUCAUCGUGGAAUUUGAAGACGAAUCCAUUCGAUGCCCCAACAAAACAAUUUCGAAGAUCUUCACAACAGCAAACCCAGAUCCAGGUCAUCUUGUCACACUGUGGAUUUACAACCAGGAGGGUCAUGCAGCGUACCUACAGAAGUACAUCAAAGUGUAUGAACCGGUUGAGCCUCCCAUCAAAGUAUCGUACAAAAAUAUCAGCGGAAAAAACGAACCGAUCGAGUUUGUAAUAGAUCCUCACAAAGGGCAUGGUGUCGUGUAAGUAUACGCUCAAUCUGUUCGUUCCCUUGUUCAGUACCAGUAGUCUGAUUAGUCUAACCCUAGCCCUGUCCGCAUAAAGCGACAACUCGAGGUAGAAAGAGAUUUUGACGAGAUACCACGUGUAGAAUUUUAGAUUCGCUUUCUUAGAUUCUUUAGAAUGACCGUAAAAAACAUAACAUUCAGUGAACUAGGCUCCUCUUGGAAUAAAGAGCAUUAAUAGUUCUACGCCGGUGGACUUUUUCAUGCUGUCUUUUAAGCACUUAAAGCAGUAUUUUAAAUUCUUCUUCAAGUAAUAUUUUCAAGUUCUAAACAGACCUACCUACUUUUCCUUCUCCCCUGCGCGUUUUGCUUAUAAACCUCCUCAAGAGGCGAGUUUCCUUCCGACCCUAAGAAGCAUCAAGGUGCCAAAAAAAUCAAUACUUGCCGAAUUUAUGUUUUCUCCCAUUCACUUUCUGCUCUACAGAUACAGAUGGAAUUUCGGUGACAAUUCCACCAUCCAAAACAGCACCAACCGAACAAUAACUCACACGUUUUCUUCCACUGGCGAUUACUGCGUCCUCUUGUCAGCGACAAACUUCUUCUCUGAGGCCCUAAUCAGUUUGAAAAUGAUGGUUGUAACAGCUAUAGAUGGCUUUGGGUUUGUUAAAAAUAUUACUACAGUGCAAACAGGAUAUCCUACAAAUAUUGGCAUCGAAGUAAGAAAUGGAAGUAGUGUAAACGUUUCCAUUAACUAUGGUGACGGUUCUGAACCCAUGUGGAUAGUAAAUAUUGACGACGUACUAGAUAUCUUUGUUAUCUCCCUGUGGCAUAAUUACAGUGCAGCCGGUCUUUACAAUGUCAGUAUCAAAGCAUGGAAUAUACUGAACACCGUCACAGCCAAUAGCAUAGCUGAGGUACAAGAUCCGGUACGGAAUCUUACCAUCGAGGUAAAUAUAUGUAUGAGUAAUAAUGAAAGUAAAAUGAAGCUUACAGAAUUAAUGAAAAGUAAUUAAAUAAUUCGAAAAAUGCAUUGAUUAAGAAAAUUUUCUCUGUCGAAGCGCAAAUGCAAAAAGAAGCUUGACAAAAUUAAGUUGAAGUUGAAGUAAAAAGUAAACUUUUAUUACUAUUACUAUUUUCUUACAGCCAAAGUACGAUACCCCAUGUCUUGAAGUAAAUGGGACACUUAGGGUCCAUCUGACCGUAAACGGGUCCAAACCUCGAUUCAUCUACGAUUUUGGCGACAAAAAGAACGUGACCUCGGGUGAACUUAUUGGAAAUCACUCGUACAUCACUCACGGGAACUAUAAACUCAAUAUCACAGCUUUUAAUGGCAUCAGUAGUGUAGUCAAGAUUAGCACAGUAACAGUGUGCAAACCGGUAGUUCUCCUCUUCAACCUCAGUGUUACAAGCCCGCCAACAAAUCGUACCGAUGACGUGGAGUUCACGCUUAAUCUAGGAGAAGGUUCCGACUUCGAGUGCGUCUAUAAUUAUGGAGACGGCAGUUUUGACUUCUUCGGGAAGAACUGCUAUAAUAAAACAUACUUUGCAGACGGUGUAACCACCGAUAAAACGCCUUUUAUAAAUCUUGAGUUCAAGUCUAGACACAAUUACUCUGAUGUGGGAUUCUACACAGUGUAUGUUAACUGUUCAAACAGAUUAAGUAAGAUCAACUUCACUUCUUUUGCGGUUGUUCAAAAGCCAAUAGAGGAACUAGUGCUACCAGAGAUUUCUCCUAAGAUCCUUGGGCGUUAUAAUCCUAUCCAUUGGACAAUGGCAAACGGUACCAAUGUUACCUUCGUCUUAGAGGCGGAAGGAACAAACAUUGGUUAUACCUCGUUGAAAACGGAUACCGGAGACUUUUUGAACACAAGCACGUCUCACAUAGGCACAGCGGGUGUUUAUCUCGUCAAGCUUCGAGCCAAGAAUAAAGUUUCCGAGGCAAGUCGCUCGAUAACCCUCAUAAUUCAAGUUGACGUAACAGAAGUGGAGUUCAAAACUUGGACAACCACCAGCGACUAUGGGUCAAACAUUCCGGGAUUUGGAAGCGAUAACAACAUAUUUCCCUGUGAGUACCCCGUAAAUUUUACCGCUGCGCCAAAUAGAGGAACAAAUCUCACCUACUGGUGGAGGUUCGAUGAUAACAACGAGCAAAACACUAGUGAAGCUUUUAUUACCCACAAGUUCGCUGAGGGUGUGAGCGAGUAUUGGACAAACGUAACCGUGUUCAAUCUUGUCAGCAGCGUGACAAGGAUGUUUUUACUCAAAACCGAGAAGAGUAUCAUGGGCCUCACUAUUGAUGAUAACAGUCCCGUAAAGAUCAACCAAACAACUCGCUUCCACCUUGGUUUUUCCAAAUUCGGAACCAAAACGUGUAUCCGUAUGGACAUGGGUGAUAACAAAGGUUUAUUCAUGUUGGGUUACUGUCAGCCUAAUGCAAAUGUCAUAGAUGAAAACUCCAAUAGCUUUGUUCAAAGCUACAUUUAUUCCUCUAUUGAUGAAUUCUGGGUGAAAAUCAACGCCACCAACACUGUAUCACGCCAAACGCUAGAGUACAAAUCGGUCAUAGUGGCACUUUCAUGCUUCUAUCCUAACGCCUCAAUGUUGGGUGAGUCGAUUUGCUGUUUUUACUUUCACUGUUUCAGUUAAUCUGGUCAUUGCUUUCCUUUUUGCUGUUCUUGAAGCUCACGUGGCGUGUAAGAGAUUCCGACGACAUGCGUUGGUUUAGUCUCGUUUGCAUUCUGAUAUGUUGUGACGCAAACAAUCCUAAUGAACACAAAAUGGCCAAAAAGUCUAACUAAUGGGCGGUAUAAUGUCUACCAUGUCACAAAGAGAGGCCAGGAGAGUGAGGAUACCUAGAAAACGUUCGUUGAGCAUUCGGAAGAAGGUUUGGACACGGGACAAUUAUAUUUUGCUUAAUUUCAAAUUCCCCCAAUGAAGAUCAAAAUUAUCUUUGAGGAUUUAUACUACAUUUACGAAUAAAAGUGGAACCUUGUUUUUGGUGACACCCACGGAACUAGAGAAAUUAGCUCUUGAUUGGAGGAUUCCCCUUCACUUUAGAUAAGAAGUGCAGCUAGAGCGCAAUUUUUCCAGCCGGCACAAAAAUCUGUGUCCCUCUGAUGGAAAUGUCACCCAGAUGAGCAAAAGGGAGGGAUCUAAAUAGCGUAAAAUGUUUUGUUGUUGUUAUUUUUAACCAGAUGUGAGUGCAGACGUGAGCCUGUUUACGGAGAAGAAACGUUCAGAACCCAUCCAAAUAAGGACCAAGUCAGAGGUUGAUUGUGAAGCUUCAAAAAGUACUCUUUUUAAGUGGAAAUGUUUCCAGAUAUCAUCGGAUCCAAAAGUUUACACGCCACUGGCCGAGGGUAUUCCGAUACCUUUAACAGUGGAUGAUCAGGCUGAAUUAAACAUACCUGAAACUGGCCUUGACUUCGGCUUCUACAAACUUGAGUUCACCAUUUCCAUGGGAGGUAUUGAAGGCGUCUCUGGGUCAGCGGAAGGGUAUAUCCAAGUGGUACCAACCAACAAUUCUUUGACGGCUUUCAUCGAUGGAGGACCAUACAAACGGUACAAGUUUGGGAAAAAUGUAAGUUUAUUCAAACCCAAAGAAGGAGGAUAAAAAUAUUCCGAAAGGGGAGGAUGAUGUUAAUGAAGGAACAACAAAAUCAUCAUCUUUGACAGGCACAACACAUCAGUUUCAAAAACCCUAGAAUAAGUAGUUUCUCGGCCCACCUAUCAACCUCGGCCCCAUUAAUUUAGGUAAUAUAGUUGGGUGACACGAUGUUUAAAUCGUUAUAUUUUGAAUUAAAUCCUCAUCAAUAUCAGUUACUAUCGAAGUCCAAAUUGAAGACGAUCAAAGACGUCUUCAAGUGACUUGAUGUGAAAAACACCGUGUUGAUAAUUACUAGUUAAAUCAGCAUUUCACACUUUUGAAAAAAAUCCAAAAACUUACCCAGAGCUUCUCUUAAGUUUAUUUGUGUAUUUAUCUUGCUUUUCUUUCUAGAUUACUGUGAGCGCCGAGUCUUCAAAGGAUAUAGAUUUUCCGCGGUUAUCUGAUGCUUCACCGAAAUAUUAUUGGCUUUGUCGAAACUCUUCAGAGUCUGAAUUUAUCACAAGUGGAGAUUUAACCCAAAUUCAAGUUGUUGAGGUACCAGAACUUGAUGGUAGCGGCAGCCAAAACAAAACUAAGGUAACCAAUAAUUUACUUUUUUGAUGUUGAGAAGAUUCAUGCUCUUAUAAAGCUGCCCAUACCAUUCCUAACAGACAAGCCACGGCUAUCAAAUCAUAUUUUCCUCAAGUCUCUGGUAUUCUCAAGAGCACCCUUAUUCCAAAAAAAAAAUUUCUUGUCUUAAUGCAGACCUUAAAAAGAUGAUCACUGAGGCUUGUUAAUUUUUAAUAAUCAUCUUCUAUGUCGAUUUCUUUCAGAACCGUGGAGGCUGCUUUAAAACUGGAAAAGGUCGCCUCAAUAUCGUGGGUCCUGUCGGGUACAUUGACUCCAGACGGGGAAUGUCAGAAAAUUCUACGUAAGUAUGAUGGAAUUAAAUAAACCGCGCAUAACAAAACAGGCAUGAGGUGAUUAUGAAAUAUAUAUGCGGUUGAGGGGACGACGACCUCACUCUUCACAUUUCAGUUACUUCUGAAAAUAACGCUUUCAGUCACAACUCUCAAAUAAAAAGCCCCAAUAUAGGGGAUGAUCAAGACAGAAAGAGGCAUUCUUCUGUCGCGAAUUUUUCGUAAGGGACAAUAUUUCUUAAGUUAUUUAUGGAAAUUUUUUUUCGGAGAUUCCACGACUAUCAAAUAACGUGUCGCUUCUUUGGCCACAGCGGUUACUUGAAGCAUGGAGACUUUUUCUGCAGGAUACCGUUAUAUGCUAGAAAACGCUUGUACCAGACUAACAAUGCAGCCGAGGCCUAGGUACGAGUUACUAAGUCAACGACUUUUAGAGCUCUGAUGCAUAGAGACGUAAAACUAGCUAUUGUGUUGCUAGGUACUUCAUCACACUUGUCGUCAUCGACGAAAACCCCUUUUGGAGUAACAGAGCUGUCUUCAAUCAUAAGAUGGAAAUUGUCUUUGGCGACCCACCAGAAGUGGAAGUGCAGUAAGUAUUUGUCAUUUACUAGUGACGAUCAGAUAUUCUUGUUGAAAAAAUUAAGAACCUUCAAAGCUUUAUCUAAUCAUUUAUAUAUCUACUUGAAUACCUUCCUCUCGAGGAAGCACCUCAAAUCUCCUUCACCCCUUUCUUUCGCACAAGUAAAGGCCCUCAAGGAAAAUCCGCAACUAUUAUCAGUACACUUAGAGUCUUUCAAUCUCCAAGUACAUAGGCUUCAGUAAAGGUAACGCAGAACCGGUUCUUUCCAUUCAUCCACCUCUAGUUAUCUAUAUAGAUUUCUCCACGGUUUUAUAUGAAUAAUGGUGAAGAUUGUUCGUCAUAUCAGUAUUUAACCAAAAUAGACACCAUUUUUAUGGAAAAUUCACCUCCUUUCUUCAGCUAGUGAUACGUACAACGCUUUCCCUGUCACGAGGGAAGAUCAUUUACUGUUGAAGGUACUGGGUUCCAACUGGCAGACGGCUAAUCAAUCCUCUAUUAAAUUUUAAUGCACGUGAUUUCAUCAAAAUUUGCACCGUUAACCAUUAUUAGGAAGCAGGAUCUAAGAAAAUUAGGUCCGUUGUCUAUGUAGAUCUGUUUUCAACGGAGUUUGGAAACCUCCUGCUUUAGCCAGUUAACUUCUAAUGAGUCUCUUUUGUUACUCAAUCAAUUAGAUGCAGUCCUGUCUGUCCGCCGAAAGUAAACAUCGACCAAAAACUUCCCCUGAAGGGUACUUGUAAAGAUUGCUAUGGGGAGCUGAAUUUUGAGUGGAAACUGUUUAGACACUUGAAGCCAAAUACAGAUCCCACAAAGACUGAAGAGAUGGAGCUGGUGGAGAACCUCAAAGAAAAAUCAUCAACGGGUGAUACGUCACUCAAUCUUGCACUAAAUAAAGACAUACUACCGAAAGAUCAAGAAUUUACAGCUGUAUUCAGAGCUUAUCGGCUUAGCGGGCAAUACGGGGAGUACAUCCAUACUUUUGUAACAAAUUCUCCACCAGAAAAUGGUAAGUAAAUCAAUUCUAACGUUGUUGAAACUUCCUUACGAUGGAACAAUUAGAUGUACCGCAGAAAAAUCUAAGCUAUAGUAUCUAAUCACUUAAAUGCAGAAUUUUUAUUUUAUUUUAUAACGAGGACCGCUCCUUUGAACAAAGCUUAGCCGAAGCGGAAGUGACUCGCCCAACUGAAAUAUUUUCAAUCGAGAGACAAUCAGGAAACUGGAUUUAUCUUCUUCCUUACUAAUAACAACAAUUCCUGUGUGCUUUGCAACGAAUAUCUAUUAUAUUUGAAAUAUACAGUCCACAGUCAUGGGCAACUUCAAAGCUACGGGGAUCGAAUGUUUCGUGAGAGGGAUUUUGAGUUUUAGACUUUCCGAAUGCUAAACAAGGAGACAUUUUUGCCUCGCCGUAUUGAUGAUAUGUUUACCUUGAUAAUGAUUACUGGCUUAUUUUUUUCUCCAAGGAUCCUGUGAAAUAUACCCCAAGAUAGGAUAUGCUCUGAACACGUCCUUUAGGAUAAAUUGCUCCAAUUGGAUGGAUCCUGAUCAACCGCUGACCUACGAGUUUGCUUACGUCAACUACUACCAGGACAACGUGUUUUUCAUGUCGCAUGAACCCACUUCGUCGUCAGUACUUCUUCCAAUGGGACACGAAUCUAAUAAUUUCACCCUGGAAAUGAGGCUUAAGAUAAUUGACAGAUUGGGUGCUGCCACCGUUAGGCCAAUUACAAUUCAGGUAGGAUGCCACAUCAACAACAGAUUGAAAUAAGAUUACACGGAAUGCUUCGAAGCAGCCAUAACGCAGUGCGCUAAUUCAUCAUAAUGAAGACAUUCAUUUUAGUUCUAUUUUACCUUGCAAAAACGUUAAUGGGAGGUGGGGGUGGUCAGAGACUGUUUAGUUCUCCACCUUUUUAACUAAAAAGUAAUAAUUUGUAAUCAUAAUAAUUUGCGAUGCUUUCAGAUUCCAAUGUCACGUUGUUCUAAUACCCUCUCUUUACAUUUCAUAGCGAAAAAAAAAAUCGGUGUUCGUCAUCUAAGUUAAAGGAACGGUCUACGUGAAGUUAAGUCAAGGGAAUUAAUAGUUUCAGUUUGUGAUGUUAAAAUCAUGUAUGCUACGCUUUAGGGUACUGCAGGACCUGUCUCUCUACCGGCGUGAAAUUUUUCAUUUCCCUUAAAACCUUGCACAACUGGUCAUCGCAUAUGUUAGCACUCCCAAGUGCGCAUCAUGAACCUAUUCUAUCAUCAUUAGCAAUAUCACUAUUUCAUUAUCAUUAUCGUCAUCGUUGUCAUUAUCAGUAUCUUUAUUAUUAUUUCUACCCAUCUUGGUAUUAUUAUUAUCAUUAUUAUCGCUAUUGUUGUUUUUAUUAUUAUUAUUGUUAUCAACUGUACCUUCCCUACUCCUAAUAAAUCAGCUUACCAAGAGUCUUCAAUUAUAACGUACACCUAAUCUAAAACACGUAUUUUUUCUUUUAAGGUAAAACCUACGGACCUGAGCAGUGACAGACUUGGUGAGCUGAUUGGUGGCAAGGAUGGUUUGUUGAAAGAAGCUAAGAAAAGAGGGAACUUGCAGGAAAUGGUAGAAAUUGUUAACGCUGUUGGCUCGAUUUUGAACUACCAAGGAAGGAAAGCCGACGACGGGGCAAACAUGACUUCAGAAGAUCAGGAAGGCGUUGAUGCUCGAAAAGAAGUAUGACUGAUUCAACAAUUCUUCCGUUCAUACUGAAGUAUCAAUCGCACAUGUCACUUUCUUUAUGUAUCAUCCUCGCCUCUGACAUUUUUCUGCCGUGCCAAAGACCAUUUUAAGGUCGCUCUUUUUUCAAACAAUAUAUUUGACGCUGAUCAUUGAUUUUCCUUCCACUGGUUUGCUUUAAGACCAAUCGGAAAACUCAGACUUUCUAUUUUUCUUUCUUUCUUCCCUUUAUGGUCAAACACAAACAUCUUUUUAGAAAAGUUAACAGACGCUCAGACAAAUUUCACUCUAAGAUCCCUGAUUGUUUAAGUUACAUGUUUUAAUUUACAUGAAGCUUUUAAACACGAGUUUUUUUUUCCAAUUUAUAACACAUGCCAUCUACAGUUCUAUAACCACUUACAAUACCAGUAAAUAAAAACAAAGCCGGUCUGAACGGCCAUGAGCGAAGUGAUAAUUUAUUUUUCAUUGCCGCUCCAGGGAACUUGAUUUCUUUUUUCUUUGUUUUUUAGCUUCGACGUGAAAUUUUGAAAGAUUUGUCCGAGUUUAAAAUGUCUACAGUGGGUCACGUCAAACUGUUGGCAUCAGCCAUUGAUGUGUCGACUGAGGUUAAAGACGAAGUGGAUACAAAAUCUCAGGUGCGAUUGAUAAUUACAACUAAAAGACUCUUGUAAACUAGACGAUUCUUUUUGAUUUUCUUGCCUUGUUCAGAAAGUACAUAACACCUUCUCCCUUUCUUUAAUUUCCCUCCACAAAUUUUUCUCGACCUUUUCUUUGUUCUUCUAAAAAGCAUCUCCUACCCAACCCUAAUCAGAAUUGCUGAGGGUUUACUGAGACAAACUAGCAUCAUGUCCUAUCCAGCGUGAAGUAACCAUUAUCCUGGUCGUUAGUUGCUAGGAAAACUAAGGUGCUAUCAGGCUCAUAAGACCAAAUCUUUUAAUCGUGUAACCAUUUCAUUACAAAGAUCUAAACAUCAAUUCUCCAUAAUAAUUGCAAUGCAUAUCUUGUAACUUUAGAUAUAAAAAUUUGGUGUUAAAUCAGACUCUGUCCCCAGCUGGUUGAAAUUCUUCUUCCUUCUUAUUGUGUUAUAGUCUUGAUUUUGUACGGGCCGGGGAUGCGAAUGUUUUGGUCACUCUUUGGAGUGAGAUAGUUAACCCUUUCAUUCCCAAGAUCUCAUGAGUAAUUCUCCUUACUGUCGGCCAUACGCUUCUUAUGAUGUUAGUUCUGAGAAUUUGGUAUUGAUUGAAUCAACUAUUAAUCCCCUAACUAAUAUUUUUCUUUAUUCUCGUCACUUAUCUGUUUGAUAUUAUAUUUAUUUAGUAAGGAGAAAUUUUGCCUUGGUCACAUAUGGGAGUUAAAAGUUAAAGGCGCUGGGUCUCAAAAGUUUUCUAUCCUUCUUUCUUUAGGAGUUGGCUUUGGUCACAUUUCGGAUAAUGGCCUUGGUAUUAACAAAAGAAUCGCAAAAUAACGCGGGAUUCAAGGCUGUUAAGGAAACCGUUACCUCAUUUCUAGGCGGACUAGCAAACGUACUUAUUUCUUCGGCCUCCUUGGCGAAGGUUGAAAACGCGGACUCAAGGGAUAACAUAACAGGUUUUACUGGUAAAAAUUCAACUGGAGGAACAGUUUCCGUCAAGAAACAGGUAAGCGAUGAAAGUGUGCUGAAAAUUAUGUCUCACAAGGACUACUAGCUUAAUGACAAAAUUCCAGUGGACUGGUUCUGAGUGAUUUGGAGACGCGGUUACCUAGUACUCACCGGGAUGGUCUGGAUCCAAUCCCUACCGGAAGUAUCGUGAUUAGCAUGAUACUUUACUUCUUCAGUACGAAUGAGUCAAGGGCCUAGCUAGGGGGAUCAAGGGGUACCCGUGACCCCCACCCCCCUUUGAAAGCCUUUCUUUAAACAAACAACCUACAAUAUGCAGGUGGCGAAAACUGGUGAGUACCCUCUAUUUGACCCAGUGUAAUCCCCCAUUUGAAAAAUCAACGACUACGCCCCUGUGAGUACGGCAAACUGUCAGUAAAAUGAGACCAAAAAUUUAACAAUUGUUCCAUGAGUGUGUGUUAGAUAUGAGAUGGCCAAGACCAAUCUCGUAUCCAGCUAGCGCGAAUGAAAAAAUUUUUACUGAAAUGCCCCUAAAUCCUGAACGUGAACCAAUCAGAACUCUACAAAAGCAAUAUCUGGAGUUGAAAAUUUAAUAAAAAAAGCUUGUGGUUUGGCGUUCCAACCAGAACUGAGUAACACUACACCUUGCAACAAAAACCAUGCAGGGAUAUAUGUGAAAGCACAGAUAAUUAUGAGCAACUUGGCUUCUCCUUUGAAGACGAACACUUUCAAGGCUUGCGCAUGUCCCGAUCGUGGGGAGUUGUCUAACUUUUAGAAAUGUAACCGAGCCUAUUCCUAGUCUUUGCAUCUUUGUUAGCAUUUAUUAAAGUUUUUCAUUUGCAAUUCUUGUCAGUCUUCUUAAUACUCCAUCAUCUUCGUCCCGUUUUUGCUCAUCAUUUCAAUUUUGAUCUUUGGAGAAGCUACCAAACUGAUAUUUCAUACAUAUUUUCCUUCACGCGGAGGAAAAAUUGUGGAAGUCUCUCGGUUGUUGAAAAAAGAAAGCAUGAACUGACUCUGCUCUGCUCUUGACCUCCGCUUUUUCCCCUCAUUUAAGGCACGAAAACGAACGUCAAAACUCUAUUCGUUAGUUGACGACUUGGGGCAUACUGUUAUGGAAAACAUGGUGGCUGGAGAGCCUUCCGUGGUGAUGAAAACCCGCAACUUCAACCUAACUGUAAAGAAAGACUUGUUUCAAGACUUGGGUAACACCAGUGUCACAGACAAAUACACUAAAUUCAACUUGCCAUCUCUGGAGGACAUGGGACUAGGUCUUGAUAAGAAUGGAUCACUGCAGUACACAUCUGUGGAAUUACAGGUAAGCCAUGGUUGUUGGAAAAACAGAGGAAACACCCGAUAAUCCUUAAAACAUUCAAUUCUGAGAUAAGAUUACUCUAGAAUUCCUUGAAAUCACAGCUGAAAUAAUUGGGAUUAUAUUUAAAUGUUUUAUAAGUCUAACCUCGUAACCGGUUUGAUAGAGGAAGGAUUACGUACUGCACGAUAUUGCAAGAAAGCCUCACACCCUUCGAAAGUUAUGCAAACACCUGAAUGCGUCUGUGGCUUGCAUCAAUCGCCUAAAACUCUCCCAAACCAUCACGUGUUCAAAUGAGGUUAUGUAAACGCGGGAAAAAGCCUUACAUACAUGACCAUCCCUGAGACUCCAAUUCUAUUCACUCACGUGAAGCUCUCAAUAUAUAUUGCUAAUCCCGGCAAGAUGCGGUGCCGGUGCGCGUGUCACCUAUAUCAUUAAAAAUAUAAAUAAAUAGUUUAGUUUGUAUAUCCCUUCUCUUAUUCCUAUCGGUUACUGAAAUCCAGACGACAAAAAAAACGACGCAUUCAUCUUGUCACUGCAAUUUUUAUCUCCAUAACUUUCCUUUACUCAGUUUGUCUCUUCGUGUACCGAUUGAUCGCGAACACUCUUAUGUUAUUUUUUCAGAUGACCUCCAUCCCAGACAACUUAUACACUUGGUCGAACACCAGCAAACAGGUCAAUUCCUAUCAGGUCAGCCUCAACAUUAAGGACGAAAGUCGGAAGCCUCUCGACACAUCUAACUUCUCUAGAGACGCUGAACUUUACAUACCUCGCAAUGCAAGCAACCUCGCUAAAUAUGAAGAUUUCUAUGUGAAACCAUUUGGAGAUAGAAAAUUCAUUCAGUACCAUCAAGUUGACGUUAAAUCUGUAAACUACUCUGUUCACAUCCAACUGAGGCCCGUAAACGAGUCUCUUGGAAAACUUACAGUUCUUUUACGGUAUAACGAAAGACCGACCCUGGAAAACUUUGAAUAUAACUGGACGAUACCGGAUCUCCGCAGUUGUUCCUAUCAAAAUGUCUCCAGGCUUAUCAAUUCGUCGUUACCAGGUUCCGCAAGCAACAUCACGAACUCGUCCGGGCGCAAUUCAUCUGGGAUUGAACAGAUCACUGUAAUUGACGUAGAAAGAGAUUGCAAAAGAGAUCCGUAUACUGUCUCUAUCAGCAAUGAAGUGGUGACUAAAAGUGGCAAGUAUUACCUUGGUAAGUGUACGUUUAAAGAAAAACUAUCUAUUUAGGGUCUGAGUGCGGGGGAAAUUGCGCGCUGUGAAGGUGCACUAUACAAUACAAUGGAACGAACUUACUACGGAAUCGUACUUCAUUUUUUCCAGCCAUAGUUUACGAGGAACCUGAGCCAGAGGCAGAGAAAGCAACAAGCUCUCCAAAUGUUGAGCGCAGACGAAGAGAUAUCGAUGUUGAACAUAUUCCAAUCGCCUGCAGGGGAGCUCAUGGGAGAACGAAGAGGUCAUGUGUUAUUAUACCGCCACCCCCACCAAAACCAACCACUCCUUCCACACAGCUGUCUGGAACCAGACCUGCAAAUGUCGACUACCAAGGGAACCUCUUUAACCCCAAUGACACAGAGCAUUACUUGAUGAGAGUGUUUUCAUCCAAUUGUUUAUUCUGGGAUGAAAAAAGUGAAAACUGGAUCAACAAGGGAUGCAAGGUACAUGAUUACAGGCUGCUAAGGGAUCGUCUCGAAGGGGGGGGGGGGGGCUUGUGAUCUUAUCCCCCUUAUUUGCUGUCAGUUUUCUAGAGUACCCUUUCAUACUCUGUUAGCGACGACUGAUCCCCCUUCCAUUCCCCUCUGAAAACCUUGUGAUAGCCCAUAUAUUUCUCCGACCCCUUUACCCCCCCCCCCACCUUACCACCCCCCCCCCUUACCCCCACCUCCCCAACACCAGCAAUAGAUAGUGACUGGUCCUUCAAACGCCAGUUGGAGUUUUUGCUUUCGUUAUUUGUUUCUGUUGUCGUUUUUCUUUGUUUCUUUUGACUUUGAGGUCCCUUUUUUUGGACAGGUUAACCGUUUUUCUUUGUUUCUUUGACUUUGAUGUCCAUUUUUAAGACAGUUCAUCUGCUAUUUUUGUUUCUUCGAAUUUGAUGCCCAUUUUUAAGCUCAUCUGAUUUUCUUUGUUUCUUUGAACUUGAUGUCCAUUUUCAAGACAGUUCAUCCGCUGUUCUUUAUUUCUUCAACUUUGAUGUCCACUUUUAAGCUCAUCUGUUGUUCUUUGUUUCUUCGAAUUUGAUGCCCAUUUUUAAGCUCAUCUGAUCUUCUUUGUUUCUUUGACUUUGAUGCCCACAUUCAAGACAGCCCAACCGUUGUUCUUUGUUUCUUUAACUUUGAUGUCAGUUUUUGAGACAGCUCACCUGUUGAUUUCGAUGAUGUUUGAUGAAUCAUUACUUCCUAACAGGUCGGAGAAGAAACCACACCUGAACUUGUUCACUGCAAGUGUAGUCAUCUCACAUCAUUCGCCAGUGAUUUUCUUGUGGCGCCAAAUCCAAUCGAUUUUGAUAAGGUUUUUUCUGCUGACCUUAGCAAUAACUUUGCGGUUUUGUUAAUGGUUUGCCUCCUGUUUGGAUUGUACUUUGUCCUUAUCAUCAUUGCUCGAAGAUUUGAUAGGAGAGACCUUGAUAAGGUAUGACAUUACAUCUAGUCACUGUAAAGAUUUACCGUCUAUCAUUUAUACCGCAUAGCAAUCGUACGCUUACCGCACGGUUACCACACUCAAGUAAUUUUUGGAAGUGAGGCAUGGGGAGAAGUUGAUCGUUCUAACUUUAAAUUUGCAUAAGGAUCAUUCGAAUUACGAAUUUGACUAACGAUGACGAUUUAUUUGCCAAAAAUUCAGUCAGUAGUUAUGUUAUCGCGCACAGAGCCGUACAAGUCAUGUAAAAAUAGUGUUAUUUAUAUGCUAGAAAUAUCUUCCUGAGAACGAAUGAAUUUUUAAUUAGUAAUUUAUUUCAUCGACAUCACAGCUUGGGGCCACAGCGGUGAGGAACAGAAACGAUGCUUCGUUUCCAUAUUUGAUAAGCGUUCACACUGGAGUGAGGCAAAACGCAGGGACCACUAGCAGCGUUUAUAUAGUACUCUCAGGUGAUGAGUGGGAAAGCACCCCGAUGGCCCUGGUAGACUUAGACCGAAAAGUGUUCCAGAGAGGCCAGGAAAACAAUUUCAUGAUUACUCUUCCGAGAAGGCUUGGAAACCUUUCCCAUAUCAGGAUAUGGCAUGAUAACUACGGUAAAGAUACAUGUGAAUAGUUAAACGUGAAAGAAUAAAUGGUUUUUAAGUUGGUAAAUAAAUGGGCAAAAAAACAAAAAAAAAAAAACAGGCAGAAAGACACUUACUGACACGCUGAAUCCUAGAAGACACCUAAUUCAUCAUAAAAGGGUGGUGGUGAUUUAUGAGUUGCUGGUUCGACAAUAAGAAAAGACUUGGUGGAAAAAAAAAUCGAUGAACCCGCCUUUUUCCAAGAAAAGGGAAACGGUUAAAUCAGUUAAAGAGAGGUCCCAGCUGAUUUUAUGGAGAGCUUGACGAAAUUUUGGGACGUAAGCUGCAAUGAGCAAGCAUCCUGUCUAUGAAGGGGUGGAGGGUAGCGAUAAGUCCCGUCAUGCUUUGAAACCAAGAUAAGUUCAACUAAUCCACGUUAUUUUACUCGUUUGCAAGAAUGUCUGUUGAAUCUCGAAAGAAACCAUGGGAAUUGAAAACCCACUUACACAUUAUGAACCUUAUUUUGUGCAUUAAGGGACCAAUCCGUCUUGGUACCUCAGUCGCGUGUCUGUGGAAGAUCUCCGGACGGAGGAACGCUGGUAUUUCAUCUGUGAACGUUGGUUGGCUGUUGAAGAGGAUGACGGGAAAGUAGAGCGAGUACUUCCGGUUGCAAGCGAACAAGAGCUGACUCAUUUUCAACAUCUUUUUGUGAGUAAGACCGUAAGGGAACUAGGCGAUGGUCAUCUGUGGUUCUCAGUCGUGACACGCCCUGCAACGAGCCCGUUCACACGAGUUCAGCGAGUAUCAUGUUGUCUUUCGCUGCUUUGCUGUACGAUGGUCACAAACGCCAUGUUUUAUCAGAUGGGAGGAGAGGGUGAAAAGGCGACCAUGAUUCAAAUAGGAUCGUUCGAGUUUGACCUCCGAGGCUUUAUCAUCGGAAUACAAGCGAGCUUCAUUGUGUUCCCUGUCAACUUUGCAUUGGUUCAAAUCUUCAGAAAUGUGCGCCCGAAACAAGUUAAACUAAAGAAAAACAUAGAGACUGUGGAAAAGCAAGAAACAGAUUUUGCUGACAUUAGCAGAUGUUCCUCCAUAGAGACGCUACAGAACGCGUCUAGUCAAGAGAAAAUAAUUGAUAAAGAGGAUGGCGGCAAAAAGGACAAGGACAAAAAGAAAAAGGCCAAAAAGGGUCUUCCACAUUGGCUGGUCUAUGUAGCUUGGGUUCUAUGCUUCUUGUCGUCUGUCACCUCAGCACUUUUCACGGUCUUUUACAGUUUGUCCUGGGGACCAGAAAUCGCAAACAAAUGGCUGUUAGCUUUUGUGACGUCAUUCUUCCAGUCAAUACUAAUAAUACAGCCCUUGAAAGUGGUGUUAGUUGCCCUACUUUUUGCGAUGAUUAUCAGGAAGCCGAUAGAUUCAGGUGACGAGGGACACGACAAAAAAGAAGUUAAAGCAAGUCCCGACGGUAAGGAGACUGGGGACGACGUUCUACUUGACUACGAUGAGGAUGACGAGAGAUACAGGUACGAAAUGCAAUAACAAGGGAUACAUUGUUCAAAAUAAAAUGGAGUUAAUUCCGAGUGUGUGAGGCGAAUAUUUGCGUUGAGUUGACCAGUAAUGCUCUGAUAUUCCAUCCAAUGCUACGAGGAGAGAAACUAAGAUAGCUUUCAGGGCUGUCUGGCUGAAUCGGAAAGUAUAGAGGUUGUUGUUGUUCAAAUACAACUCUUUCCCUUUAUCAGAGGCAAUUUGCACUAGAUGCACUUGACAUUAACUGACUCUAAAGUACCAGUCCGAAUGACAUAUAGGAUGUAUAAUAGAAUUCUUGAUUAGACAUUAUCGAUCAUUGAAAUAAUAUCUUUGAAUUAAUAUUUUUUCUAUCAUUGCGAUUGUUCCUCAGGCCCCCGGACGAGGAUUUCUUAAAAGCUGCCCGAGCACAACGACUGAAGGAAGUGCGCAUGUCUGAAAUCAUAAAAGAAAUCGUCACCUACUUUUUGUUCGUCAUGCUACUCGUGCUGGUUGCCUAUGGCAACAAGGACCCCAAUACGUACCUCCUGAGGAAGACCCUCCAUGAAACUUUCGUGGACCUGGACCAAACCGGUGUGGACUUGGCUGACGUAUGUUUAAAAAAUAAUUCUGUAUUUACAUACUACGGUCUUAAUUCUUAGGGAGCACCGAGCGGGAUGAAUGACAUGCUGUUCUGAGCUAGUGAGACAUUUCAUCGGCACAAUGCCUCUUUUCACUCAAAAUAAGCAGCUAGGUUGCCGAGCGGCGCUUGUGGUCAAAUUGUAAGCACAUUUGAAGAUAUUUUUUGGAAGGUCAGUUCACCCUUUAGAAUCUUAAAAAAACUUUAUGAUGCUUCUCGGUGUUUGAGUUUAAAUUAUGUGGACACUGAGGCACACUUCUCCUUAAGGGGAAAAUAACCUAAGAUUCCCUUCAAAAAUCCAUCCGUCGAGCCAGCCUCGUGUUACAAGAGCUUUUUUACUCUUUCUUUUCAGGCGAGUGAUCUAGAGCUAUUUUGGCAUUGGAAUCGUGAGACGCUGAUACCAAAUUUGUACCCAGGGCUGUUGUACAACAACAAAUCGGACAAGUACACUGGGUUCAUCUAUGACAGAAAUAACUACUUGGUUGGAAUCUCCAGGUUAAGACAGGCACGCGUAGAAAAAGGUAAGACUUCUGCCUUGACGUAAAAGUCCCUGGUAAAAAUACCCGCUGAAUCGCCUGGAAAUUAUCUUUACACGGGGCAGCUACACACGAACAUUCCCUUUUUAUGUGACGUGAUUGAAAAUUAAUGUCUUUCUUCCUUUAUUCCUUUCACAGAUUCUUGCGAGGUUGACGAACACUUCACGUCCUUUUUUGACAAAUGCUUCGCAGAAUACUCAAUAAUAAAUGAAGAUACAGAAGAUUACGACAUUGGUUGGAAGUUUCUAAACAAAAGUGCCGGCGAUGUGAAAUCUCGCCGCAAAAGAAGCAUUCAAGAACAAUUUGCCUUCCGCAAAGGGGAUAAAAUUCUCAAGGGCUUCGGAGAGCAACCCAAAGUUCGGCGCCGCCGUACAAUCGAACCCGUUUAUACGUCUACUUCAGGUCGUCAGCAGAGAAAACGGAAGCGUCCCGGUAGCACAGCUAAAAAUUACUACGUUUUGAACUCUGCUAUUCUACCCGACGGAUCAAUUGUUUCGUGUCCCUCCCGCUGGUUGCACAAUGGCGCGUUAGAACUCAGAGGGUAUCCCUUCUGGGGACGACUAACCCUGUACAGUGGAGGUGGAUAUCCCGCGGAAUUGGGAUACGAUUACCCUACGGCACUCACAGUAAUUGCUGAUCUUCACUCACAUAACUGGGUAGACCCACAGACGCGUUCAGUGUUCGUGGAAUUCACGGUGUACAACGCUAACAUCAACUUAUUUGGCAUAGCCUUCAUGUUCGUCGAGUUCCUGCCGACAGGUGGAGGAUUCCCUUACGCGCACUUUGCCGUGGCGAGGUUGUACAGUUAUGUCGGACCAUUCGCCAACUUCAUUCUUGCAUGUCAAAUCUUCCUGAUUCUGUUCAUGCUUUAUUUCAUGUACCGCGAAGGGAAGAAGAUGUACAAGCAACGCAAGGCGUACUUCCGCGGAUUUUUCAACUGGAUGGAGGUGACACUGAUCAUUUGCGAGUUUGCCAUGGUAAUUCUGUACUUUGCACGCCUCUGGGAGGUGGACAAGAAUCUGAUGAAGCUGCGCCACAACCCCAAGGAUUUUGUUAGUUUCCAAUAUGCCGGGGCUGCGGACGAGUCGCUUUCUGUAAUUAUGGGUAUUCUUGUGUUCCUUGUGACCCUCCGAUUCCUGAAACUUUUCAGAUUCAACAAGCGAAUGUCACUGCUAGGAUCAACCCUCGGAGAAAUUGCGAAGCCUCUUGGAAUGUUCUGCAUCAGUUUCAUGAUCGUAUUCAUUGCCUUCGCACUCAUGGCUUGGCUGUUGUUUGGUCUUCAAAUCGACAAAUUUAGAAACUUCUUCAGCGUUCUUGAAACUCAAAUGAGCAUCGUUCUGGGUGAUUUCGACUACGAUGAGAUGCGGAGUGUAAACCCUCUGCUCGGACCCAUCUACUUCUUCACUUUCAUGUACUUCUGCGUCUUCUAUCUGCUGAACAUGUUCAUGGCGAUCAUAAACGACACCUUUUCGGAGGUCAAGUCCUCCAAUGAUGAUCAAGACAACGAGUACGAAAUGGUGGAAUUCAUCCUAUCCAAAUUUAAAGAGAAUCUGGGUCUGAAUCGAAAUAAAAUCGGAGCUGGCAAGAGCCCGUUCGUGAAUCCGUCUUCGGGUUUUCCGUCAUCUCCCCCGUUCUCGCCUUCGGAUUACAAGCACAAGGAAGACGGCUCGGUCUCGGAGAACACCGAGCAAAGCCAAAUGGAAUACGACGACGAAGAGUAUCCGACUGGACCCGAACUACACCCGACUGAACUCGUAACUCAAAACGUCUUUCGUACCCUGUCGGCGUUGAACAAGCGCCUUGACGAGUUGACGACGUUCGUCGAGAAAAGCGAAAAACAUGACACUAGAAGCGACGAAAUGCUGCUCGACAUGAUCGAUAAAAUGAAAAGCGAAACAGAAGACGAUGAGGUGAACGAACAGUUCCUAAAUAUGGAACAAACACAAUUGUAGACACUUCGGUGUUGUUAACAUGCAAUUUUGCGUAGUUACAGUUGUGAUUAUGUUAAAACCGAGCUCUUUUAAAUGAUCUCAAUAGACGCUUGGUUACAACGGAUGCUUGACUUAUUUUAAUUUAAGAGGCGAUAGAUCAGUUUUUCACUUUAUGCAGUAAGGUUAAACCAUUGAUUUUACCCCACGUCGAAAUGCACUUAUUUGGCGAAGUAAGUUGUAAAUAACGAUAAUUUUAGUAAAUUUUUGAUAGUGACUUACAUCUUGCUAAGAUGCAAAACUUAAUGGCAAGGACCCAAAGUAGUCCAUGAUUUUUAUUUCUUGAGCAGCUGUCGAUAAUUGGUAGUUAGGACGAAAAUAGAGCAAUGGUGAGAUGACUGUUCUAGGCAACACUAAAAAUCACAAAUUGUGAGUUACAAACAGCCACGGGAUAAAAAAAAAGAUUUCAAAGCCAGCAGAGGCAAAGACGCACUCGGUGGAGUCACGUUAAUGCGGCGACAGUUAACUCAAGCGACAUUUGAUCUUUGCGCACGUCACUUCUUAAUAAAACAUUUAGCAAAAAUUGACGCUUGAUAUUUGAGCGUCACAAAAAUGUCUUUUAAAAUGUACAUAGUGUGCACAUUAUUCUUUAAUCAGCGUAUUUUCCUAAAAGCCUACUGGCAAAGUCUCGAUGACAACUUCUAAAGUUUACAAGGGACCAGUAAGAAGCUCGCAUAAAAAGGCACAAUAUAUCAACAGAUGGAAAGCACGGGGAAAGUUGUGUUCUCGCAACUAUACCUGACUGGCUGAGAAAUUGUGUUUUUAAAGAUUUGAAAUGAUUUCUCCAGUACCUUGAAGUAGUAGAAUAGGGCACAGUAAAUAAACUAACAAUGCAAAUAGUUUGCUGUCUUUACCAUCAACACAUUGUAAGUUUUUCCUCACAUGUGUAAAAAUGAUCUCAACUCUGUCACACUAUAGAACACUGCGCGCAAGUUUCCUUUCGUUCUUUAUAGUAAAAAUCACAUUUCAGCGAAAUGAGAAGCUUGGCAGUUUCCACAGAAAGUUACUUUUUAAACCUGUAAUAGUACUAUGGUUACAUAAACUAACCUAAUCUGAUUGAUAAAAAUUAAUUGACCUUUUCAUUAAUCAAACUGGUCAUCAUUUAGAUAAGCAGUUGAUGUUGACUACCAAGACGUUUUUGUCCCAAUCCAAAGGGAAUCUUUUUGUAUUGAUAAACAUUUGUAAAAUAACAAUGUUAUUGUAGAAUUGAGUCUGACUCACACUAAUUAAUUAAACUAAGAAUCUUUGCUCAACAAUUGAUGUUGAAUUUUAAAACGUUUUUGCCACAAAGGGAACUCUUUUGUAUUGACCGAUAAGAUUUCUAAAAUAGAUGAUGUAAUUGUAG